GGAGGUGCAAAUGCUCUGAGCGCUGCGCAUCAGCCCCGUCCAGCUGCGAGGUCUGGGCGGAGCGCGAGGGACAGCCAGGGACCUGGGCAGCGCGGCUGGGCUCUGGCUUGGCUGGCUCCCCCCUUUUAAUUUCUCAUCAUUCAUCUAUUAAUAAUUCUAUUUGUUCUGAUUAAUUCCUGCUGCUGGGGUCUCGCGGGGGAAGAAGACACCGAGAAAGCCAGCGGACGUCGCCGUGCCUUUGCAGCUGCUUGCCGCUUUCCUUGGGGAUCCCCCGGUUUUUGGUUGCAAUCCCGCAAGACUGCGUUUUUGGGGACCCCCCUGCUUAAUAAUUUGCAGCGCUAACAUAUAUUUGGAGACGGAGAGAAUAUGGCUCGACCUCUUCCUCUGAACCCAACUUUCCUACCUCCAACCUACGGCGUGCUGAAGUCUCUGCUGGAAAACCCUCUCAAACUACCGCUGCAUCACGAAGACGCAUUUUGUAAAGAAAAAGACAAAGAAAAAAAGCUGGAUGAUGACAACGGUGGUGCCACGGUGCCACAGUCGGCUUUCUUGGGUCCGACAUUAUGGGAUAAAACACUUCCGUACGAUGGUGACACUUUCCAGUUGGAGUACAUGGACCUGGAGGAAUUCCUCUCAGAAAAUGGCAUUCCACCCAGCCCCGCUCAGCAUGACCACAGCCCUCACCAACCAGCUCUCCAGCCAGCUACCUCAGCAGCCCCUUCUGUCAUGGACCUCAGCAGCAGAGCGUCCACGUCUGUUCACUCGACUAUGGUUUCUCAGAACUGCAUGGAGACUCCCGUCAGGCCAGGUGCAGUCUUGCCCACGAGUCGUAACACACCAAGUCCUAUCGAUCCAGAGACUAUUCAGGUUCCCGUGGGUUAUGAACCGGACCCUGCCGAUCUCGCCCUUUCAAGCAUUCCGGGCCAGGAGAUAUUUGAUCCUCGUAAACGCAAGUUCUCUGAGGAAGAACUCAAGCCGCAGCCCAUGAUUAAGAAAGCCCGCAAAAUCUUCACUCCCGAGGAUCUGAAGCAGGAUGACAAAUACUGGGCAAGACGUCGAAAGAACAACAUGGCUGCCAAGCGUUCGAGAGAUGCCCGGAGGCUGAAGGAGAACCAGAUCGCCAUCCGUGCCUCGUUCCUGGAGAAGGAGAACUCAGCGCUGCGUCAGGAGGUGGCAGAUUUACGGAAAGAAUUGGGCAAAUGCAAGAACGUGCUGGCCAAGUACGAAGCCCGGCAUGGCCCCCUGUAAACGGCACGGGCACUUUAUGUUUCCUUCCCUCCCCCCUUUUUAGUGGGUUGGCAUUUGAGUAUAUGGACAGUAUGUUUCCUGUUUGAUAGCACCACACCCAAUACCAACCUUUCAGUCAUCAGCACUUUACCGGAAAAGCAGAAACAAAACCAAUGUACAACUUCGUUUGUGUGUGUCUGUGCGUGCGUGCGUGCACAUCUCAGCAUGUCUCAGUUUUUUACAAAA